CACCGAGAAAACAUUCACCUAUCGCGGUGAAGAGGUGAUCAGGAGUCUCCGGGUUUUUGGGGGGGUUGAGAUAAUCGAUAUCCCGGUAGUUUAACUUAAAACAGUCUGUCCGAUACUUUUAGUUUGGAGACCGAACACAAACCAUGGAGCCGCUGUUGUGUUUAGCCGGCGUGGUCGUCGCGUUCCUGCUGUGGAUCAAAGUCAAAGGUGUAGAUUACGUGAUCGUGCACCAGAGGUGGAUAUUCGUGUGUCUGUUCCUGCUGCCGCUCUCUGUGGUGUUCGAUGUGUAUUACUAUGUGCGCGCGUGGCUCAUUUUCAAGAUGUGCAGUGCGCCCAAGCUGCACGACCAGCGCGUGCGAGACAUCCAGCGACAGGUGAGCGAGUGGAGGAAGGAGGGCAGUAAGACCCACAUGUGUACGGGUCGACCCGGCUGGCUCACCGUGUCUCUCAGAGUGGGGAAGUACAAGAAAACCCACAAGAACAUCAUGAUCAACAUGAUGGACAUUCUGGAGGUGGACACAAAGAGGCAGGUGGUGAGAGUGGAGCCGCUGGCCAACAUGGGUCAGGUGACCGCUCUCCUCACCUCUAUUGGCUGGACACUGCCGGUGCUGCCCGAGCUGGAUGACCUCACUGUGGGUGGUUUGGUGAUGGGUACAGGCAUUGAGUCAUCCUCUCACAUUUACGGGCUGUUUCAGCACAUCUGCGUCGCAUUUGAACUGGUUCUAGCUGACGGCAGCUUGGUGCGCUGCACUGAGGAGGAGAACUCGGACCUGUUCCACGCCGUCCCGUGGUCCUGUGGAACCCUGGGGUUCCUGGUUGCAGCUGAGAUUAAAAUCGUCCCCGCUAAAGCCUGGGUGAAGCUGCGCUACGAGCCGGUCAGAGGGCUGGAGAACAUCUGCGAGCGCUUCACCGAAGCGUCGGAGAACAAGCAGAACACGUUCGUAGAGGGACUCCAGUACGCUCGGGACGCCGCCGUCAUCAUGACGGGAACAAUGACGGACCACGCCGAGCCGGAUAAGAUCAAUAGAAUCGGCCUUCACUUCAAGCCCUGGUUCUUCAAACACGUGGAGGGAUACCUGAGAGACGACCAGGCUGGAGUUGAAUACAUCCCUCUGAGACACUACUAUCACAGACACACACGUAGCAUCUUCUGGGAGAUUCAGGAUAUUAUUCCCUUCGGCAACAACCCAAUAUUUCGCUGGGUUUUUGGAUGGAUGGUUCCUCCUAAGAUCUCCCUGUUGAAGCUCACGCAGGGAGAGACCAUCAGACGACUGUACGAGCAGCACCACGUGGUCCAGGACAUGCUGGUUCCCAUGAAGAACCUGCAGGCUGCCAUCACGCGCUUCCACCAGGACAUCGACGUCUACCCUCUGUGGCUGUGUCCCUUCCUGUUGCCCCCCGGCAGAGGGAUGGUCCACCCCAAAGGUGCGGAGGAGGAGCUGUACGUGGAUAUUGGAGCUUAUGGAGAGCCCAAAGUCAAACACUUUGAAGCUAAAGCAUCAACGCGUCAGCUGGAGAAGUUUGUGAGAGACCUGCACGGGUUCCAGAUGCUGUAUGCAGAUGUGUACAUGGACCGAGAGGAGUUCUGGGAGAUGUUUGACGGACAGCUGUAUCACAGGCUGAGAGAGGAGCUCGGCUGUAAGGACGCCUUCCCGGAGGUUUACGACAAAAUCUGUAAAUCCGCCCGACACUGACCCCGACCGCUGGUACCCCGACCCCGGCCCUGUGUCACCGAGGGAAUGUGUCGGCAGCAUGGGAUGUUUCAACUAAGACAAACUGUUUUACUCAAAGACACUACACUAAAGGGUUAUUUUUGGCUUCAAGCCGUGUCUUCAGAGUAGGGCUGCACGAUUAUGGCCAAAAUCAUAAUCAUGAUUAUUUUUGAUCAAUAUUGAGAUCACGAUUAUUUA